AUGAUUGGAGUUCGCUUGAACACAUUUAAUGAUAAUUCUGGGGAACCCGAACAGGAUGCUAAUUCGGCAUUAACUGAAUUAGAUAAAGGGCUGAGGUCAGGAAAAGUUGGCGAGCAAUGCGAAGCUAUAGUUCGAUUUCCACGUCUUUUUGAAAAAUAUCCUUUUCCCAUACUAAUCAAUUCUUCAUUUUUGAAAUUGGCUGACGUCUUUCGUAUGGGUAAUAACUUCUUGCGGUUAUGGGUUUUGAGAGUUUGUCAGCAGAGCGAAAAGCAUUUGGAUAAGAUUUUAAACGUUGAUGAAUUUUUAAGAAGAGUUUACAGUGUUUUACAUUCUAAUGAUCCCGUAGCAAGAGCCCUUGCUCUACGAACCCUUGGAGCUGUAGCUGGAAUAAUUCCAGAGAGGCAAAACGUACAUCACGCUAUAAGAAGGGGCCUAGAAAGCCAUGAUAAUGUUGAGGUUGAUGCUGCUAUCUAUGCAACAACAAGAUUUGCAGCUCAUUCAAAUUCAUUUGCAGUAGCUAUGUGUAACAAACUUUCUGAUAUGGUUGAGUGUGAGAGUACAGGUGCUGAAAGACGGGCAAAACUUGUAAGAGCUUUAAGAACUGUUCAUGGUGGAGCUGUCAGAGCACAAGGUGUGCUUAAAUUACUAAGAUCCUUAUUAGAAAGAUUUCCCUCUUCAAGUUCCGUUAGAGCUGCUAUAACGGCACUCACCGCCAUAGCUGCCGAUACUGUUGUACAUGUUCCUGAUCAGGUGGAACUUCUCUUAAGUCUAGCAAUGAAUGAUCCAAGGUCAGCCGUCCGUCGUGCAGCACUACUAGGGUUGAAGAAGUUAGCAGAACAUGCUGCACUAUGGCCCGCUGAAUGCAUACAGAACUUAGUGCAUGCAGCUUCUGACACUCAAGAUAGUGAACACACCAUGCUUUGCUUACAAGUUAUGCAGAUCCUGGUGCGUUGCCCGGCGAUAUGCGCGGCGGCGACGGCGCUGCGCCAAUACUGCGGCGAGGCGGCGCAGGGCGCGGCGCUGCGCCCCGCCGCCGUCGCCGCCGACGUGCUCACGCGCAUCGUCGUGCACUGCUAUGAAGAAAACUUACCCGUAGAAGGAGCAGAUCUGAUGUUAGCGCUAGAAUCUCUCGUCAUCGCGACCGGCGUUAAUAAUGGCCAAAAUAAUAUAAAGCCACUACGAAUGGCUUUACGAUGCUUGGUGCAGCUGAGCACGGCGGCGCCGGCGCUGUACGCGCGGCGCGCGGCGGCGGCGCUGGGCGCGGCGCCGGGCGCGGGCGGCGGCGGCGGCGCGCGCGCGCGGGCGCUGCUGGAGGCGCUGGCGGCGCUGGGCGCGCUGGGGGCGCCGGCGCUGCCCGCGCUGCUGCCGGCGCUGCACCACGCCAAAGAAGCCUGCAAAGACCCGUCCUACGACGGCACGACUCUAGUGCUGAUAUGCACAGUGCUGCUGCAGGAGAGGGCGGCCGCCGCUCUCACGCACAAAAUAAAUAAGAACUGGGAAAUUAAGAUUAAAGAUGCCAUUCAAGGAGCAGACGGGUGGACUAGAUACAGAGUUGCUAGAGCCGCUUUAAGAUACGGGCAUCACAACUUAGCGGCAGACAUCCUGAAGCGGCUGUCGGAGGCGGCGCCCAGCGAGUCGGCGCAGCGCUGGCUCACGGCGCUGUACGUGGCGGCCUCCGCCGACGCCAAGCUGUUGGAGGAAGGUAUCUCUGCGCUGGAGGAGGCGAGCGCGAUGUGGCAGGCGUUCGGCGACGGCGGCAUCGCGCCGCUGGGCGGCUGCGCGGCGGGCUGCGGCGGCUGCGGCGCCUGCGCCGCGCUGCCGCCCGCGUGGGCCGCGGCGCGCGCGCGCGCGCUGGCCGGCCUGGCGCGCGCCGCCGCCGCCGCGCGCGCGCUCUGCACGCAGCCGCCGCCCGCCAUCGCGCUCGCGCACGCACAGGCGGCGCGCGACCCGGCGGCCAAGGCGGGCGCGUGCGCGGGCGCGCUGCGGCGGGCGGCGCGCGCGCUGGCGGGCGCGGCGCAGCAGUACGCGGCGCUGGCGCGCACCGCCUUCCACGCGGACGACUCCACGCUCCGGCACCUUUAUAUUUCGCAACACACAUACGAGCAAAUGGCACAGUUCCUCGAUCGAAUUACAUCAAGUCAGCAAGAGCGGCCCGAUUUAGUCACUAAAGAGAUAAAAGCGACGAGUCUAGAGGAGACAAUAAUGCUAGCCCCGUCCGUGGCUCUCGCCAACAUAUCCGCCAAACUGUUCGACAAUCCGACGACCAGUCCUGGGAUUACGCAUAGGCACGCGGAGGCGGUGCUGAGCGCGACGCGCGCGCUGGGCGUGGGCACGUGCUGGGCGCGCGACGUGCUGCGCGGCGGCGCGGGCGCGCUGUGCCGCGUGUCGCUGUCGCCGGCGCCGCGCGCGCCGCCCGCCGACGCCGCCGCGCUGCCGCUGCACCACCGCCUCGCCGUCAAGCUGGAGGGCGUCAUACUGCCGCCGCCCGACAAAAGAAAACGGCUGCGUCAAGUGAAAGGCGUGCAGAUCACCGUCACAGCGACGCCGCACCCGCGCACUAAUGAGAAGACGGUGGAGCUGACGAACGUGCCGCCGGUGCUGACGGCGGUGCAGACGGUGACGCCGGUGCGCGACUUCUUCUCUGCACAGCAGCUGGUGAGCGUGCCGGCGCCGGGACACUACACCGUGGCCGCGCAGGCCAGCGUCGUGGACGAGAAGGGCCAGCUGUGGCACACCGGGCCACGGUCGGCUAUUGUUAUUAAGGCUCAUGAAGACCCGAGUACAAAAGGCAACGCUCAGGCUGCAAGAGGAAGAUUU